AUGUCCAACUCAAGCCCGGUUCACUGUAGGACUAUUGAGGACGUCCCGCUGCCAUAUCCCGCUUCCAAGCUGAUCAUCACCCAACGUCUUGAAGCAUCACAAGAAUCACCUUUCUGGGCGUGGAUCAUUGUUGGUGCAUUCUACGACAGACAAGAUAACGUCCUUUGGAGCACCGAGAUCUUCGCUGGUCGCUUGGACAUAGAUUCGGACUCUGGCGACGAGUCUAGUGAUACUUCGUCUGUGGCGGAGAGUUACACUGAGGAGACAGGUUCUUCAGAUAUCUUCUCUUCCUACCAAGAACGAUCCUAUCAUCACAACGAAGCUUUGAACUAUCAAGUGCCUCCGGCCCACCGAGUCUUUCCAUAUUGGAGCCAAUCUCCGCCAUACGCUAUACCACCAACUUGGGAUCCAACAACCCAAGGUCAAGUUCCCGGCUUCUGGCAAGCAUCUUUCGAUCCGAACGUUCGUCGUUGGGUUCAUACCUGGCAACCUCUCUGA